AUUAUCAUUGUAAAUCCUGAACAUGUCAAUUUCAACUUUUAUAAUAAAUAAUAAAAUACUGGGGGUGUACACCUGACUCACAUAGUGACGUCAUCCGGAAUUUGACACGUCGCUGGCAAACGUAAACAUGGACGGGCAGUUGUUGGAACCCACACUCUAUACUGUGAAGGGGAUGGCCAUCCUCGACAACGAUGGCAACAGAAUUCUGGCAAAAUACUACGACAAAAAUAUUUUUCCAACAUCGAAGGAGCAGAAGGCCUUUGAGAAGAAUUUAUUCAACAAGACUCACAGGUCGAAUACAGAAAUUAUUAUGUUAGAUGGGCUGACAUGUGUUUACAGAAGCAAUGUUGAUCUCUAUUUUUAUGUCAUGGGAAGCUCUCACGAGAAUGAGCUGAUUCUCAUGAGUGUCUUGAAUUGUCUUUAUGACUCCGUAAGCCAAAUACUGCGGAGAAACGUUGAGAAAAGAGCUGUCUUGGACAGUUUAGACAUAGUUAUGCUGGCGAUGGAUGAAAUUUGCGAUGGAGGAAUUAUUCUCGAUGCCGAUGCAGCCAGUGUCGUCCAGAGGGUGGCCUUGCGUACAGAUGAUAUUCCCCUAGGCGAGCAAACAGUUGCACAGGUCUUUCAAUCUGCCAAGGAACAACUCAAGUGGUCCCUGCUGAAGUAGCAUUUUUCUAUUUUGAAAGUAUAAUAUUUCCACUUUUGUUUUUUUAAUAAAUAAUCUGGUAACAGUCUAAAUAUCAAUAAACCCAAAUGUUAAUGCAAA